AUGGCACAAACUCUAUAUUUCAGACUCAUUGUCAUUGCUCUCUGUUCAUUAUCUGAAUGCAUUCAACACCGCUAUCACUACAUAAGCAGGAAUAUGAACUGGACUGAAGCUCAGAGAUACUGCAGAAAGACCUACACAGAUCUGGCCACAGUCUACAACAUGAACGACAUGAAACAGCUGAUGAGUCAACUGAAUAACAAUAUGAAAGUCUGGAUUGGACUUCAUAACAAACUGAAGUGGUCUAUGGGUGACCCUGUGACCUAUACGAACUGGAUGAAAGGACAACCAAAAGGCCAAAAUAAAUGCUAUGCAUUUAAAACAAAUGGAAAAUGGCUUGAGCAGGCCUGUAAUGAGAGGUCAAAGUUCAUCUGCUUCAAUGAUAAUCUGGUAUUGAUCAAUCAGAAUCUGAGCUGGUCUGAUGCUCUGAGUUACUGUAGACUGAAUCAUGUGGAUUUGGUUUCGGUUGAUUCAGAGGAGAUUCAGCGCUGGGUGUCAGGAUUGGUUAAAAAGGCCUCUACUCCAGAGGUGUGGUUGGGGUUACGUCACUCCUGUGCUCUGGGCGUUUGGUUCUGGAUGAAUGGACAGAUGGUUUGCUAUCAGAAUUGGGUGAACAGUACAGUAGAUAAGAGCUGUGACACUGUGAGAUCUGGAGCAGUUCAGUCUGGAGGAGAUCAGCGCUGGAUCAGCCUUCCUCAAACUGAACUACGCAACUUCAUCUGCACCAAAUAUGAAGAAUGAAAUCAUC